ACAAUAAUAAUUGUAAUAGUAAUAAUAUAAUGAAUCUAUCAACAAAACAAGCGCCAAUGCCAAUUGCAUUGACAACAACAACAACAACAAAGAAUAAUGAAGAUGAUUCUUCAAUUCCAUUAAAUUUAUGUGUAAAAAAAUCAUCAUCAUCAUCAUCAGCAUCUCAAUCAUCAUCCACAUCAUUGUCUUCAAAUAAUUUUGGUAGCAAUAAUAAUAAAUUCAAUGUUCACCAUCAACAACAACAACAACAACAAUUAUCAGAUUCUCAUACACUGAAUUUAGUCAAAAAUCUAGCCCAAUUACAACAACAACAAAAUUCUCAGCUACAACAAUUACAAUUUAAUAAUAGUCUGAUAUCGCAACAACAACAACAACAGCCUCAACAUCAACAACAACAACAACAAAAGAAACGUGGACGAAAACCAAAAUCAACAUCAUCAUCAUUGAUGGCAUAUGGUGAUCCACAGCCACAUCUAACGCAACAAUCAUCAUCAUCAUUACAACAACAACAACAACAAUCAUCAUCAUUACCAUCAUUACCUGAUUUUGCUGGUUUUGGUAAUUUAUUGGCUGCAUUUAAUCAUCAACAACAAGUUCAUCUUCAACAACAACAACUGCAGCAGCAGCAACAGCAACAAUUACAGCAACCAAGAAAACGUGGCCGUCCACCAACGUUAUCACCACCGCACAAUGCCCAUCAAAAUAGUUUGACUAAUUCAAAAUUAGCCGUAUCGGCUAUUAAUCAACAGCAACAACAACAACAAGCUACCAGUGCCUUUCAUCAAAAUACUUAUCCAUUUAAUUUGUUUAAUACUCCUGCAGUGGCAGCGUCUGCAAAUGAUGGAAUUUUACCGAAUUUUCCUGGUCUCAAUGCAUUAUCAUUUGCAGCAGCGGCUGCAAUUGCUGCCGGUGGUGCCAGUAAUAAUCAAUUGGCUAAUCAUCAAUUAUUCAAUAAUGCUGUCAAUCAAUUUAAUAUUUUACAAAAACUUAAUCCAAAUUUAUUGAAUGCAAAUUUGUUUGGAAAUUUAAAAAAUCCAAUUGAAUUGGCUGCAGCAGCCGCUUCAUUAACAGCAAAUAAUAAUGAUAAUAUCAAUAAUAAACAUACAUCAUCAUCAACAACUUCUUCCUCAUCAUCAUCAUCAUCGAAAUUUAUUGAUCCGGCUUUAUUUUCGGCACAUAAAGAAUUGACUGAUCAAGUGCAGGCUAAUUUUCUUGCAUCAUUACCUGCUGCUGUUGCUAAAAAUUUUAUUGGUGAUCAAUCUUCCGGUGGUAGUUUGAUGAAUAAAAAUUCAUUUGCUCAUCAUAAAUCAUCAUCAACAAAUUCAACAAGCGAUAAACAGAUUCGUAUUCCUUUAAAUCAUGGAUUUCAACGUUUUACUUAUAUAACGGGUUUUUCUAAAACGGGAACAAUCGAAGGUGAUGUUAUUUAUUUGGCACCAUGUAAAAAGAAAUUAAAAAGUUAUCAAGAUUUGAUAAAAUAUUUAAGCAAAAAUAAUAUGAUCAAUUUGAAUCGUGAAAAUUUUAGCUUUGAUCCCAAUAUUAUUAUUGGCCAAUUUAUUCCAAACAUUGCACAAUUACCAAGUGAUGUCAUAUUGAGCGAAAAUCAGAUGAAAGUCCAUCUGGAAGAAUUGAGCAAAAUUCGUAACUUAGAUUUAUCUUCAACUAGUAUAACGGCAGUACCUCCAUCAUCACAUCAUCAACAAUCAAAUCAGAUUAAUAGUAAUCAUCAUCAUCAAAAUAUUGCACCAGAAAAAAAGAAACGUGUUCGUGAUAGUGGUGGUACAAGAAAUGUUUAUGAUUCUAUUAAAGGAUUUAAUACAAGAAGUAAAACAUCAUCUGUUCAUCAACAACAAAAUGAUCUUCAUAAUAAAAAUCAUGAAUUUGAACCAUCGGUUACGAUAACAAUACAAAAUCCCCAGCAGAUUACACCACCAGCAGCAUCGAUAAGAGGAACUAAACGUAAAUCAACUGAAAGACAUGAACAAGCAAGAAAUGAAAAAUUAUUGAAAAAACAACAAGAAGAGCUUGAACGAAAACAACGAGAAUUGAAAGAAAAAGAAGAAGAAGAAUUGCGAAAGAUAAAAGAACAUCAGGAAAAAUUAUUGGAAUUACAAAAACAAGAACAAUUAAAAAUAUCGGCCGAAAUUGAACAUGAACGUGUUAAUCAACAUCAAAUGUUUAUACAUGCAUUGAAUGAAUUAAAAUCAUCGGAAGAUCGUGAUAGUAAAAAAGAAGAAUUAAGUUUGGAAAAAGUUGCCCUACAAGAACGUAAACUAUUGAAACGUGUAUUGGAAGUGGAAUUAUUGAAAGAAUUGAAAAAACCAGUCGAAGAUAUGAUGUUAAAAGAUCAUAAAAAUUUACCGAUAUUUAAUCGAAUACCAGGACAAAAAUUGACUGGUAAAGCAUUUGCCGAUUUAUUAAUGGUUUAUGAAUUUCUUUAUAAUUUUGGUGAAACUAUUGGUUUCGAUAUUGAUAGUUUACCAACAUUAAAUUCAUUAAUGAUGGCCUUAUUAAAUUUGGAUAGUGAAUCUGAAGAAGAAUUAAUGUCAAUUGUUAAUCAUUUGGUUAUUUGUGCUAUUGAAGAUCCGGGUAUGCCAAAUAAUAUGACUACAUUGAUGGGACAAAAAUUAAAAGAUGCAACUGUAACCGAACAUAAUGUUACGGAAAUUUUACGAUUAUAUUUUUUUGCAUUUAGUAAUGCAGUUCGUGAAGAAGAUGAACCAAAUCGUAUUGAAUGUCAAUUACAUGAAAAACUUUGCAAUGGUAUUACAUAUAUUGCAUUGGAUGCUAUUACAAAAUUGGAUAUUUUAGUUUUUCUUUGUAAUGAAUUAUUAUGUAAUCAGGCAAUUGUUAAACAAAUUGAUGAUAGUAUUGAAAGUGUUACUGUUUAUAAAAAAGAUAAAUGGGGUAUUGAAAAUGAUAUUAGAAAAUUACGUUUGGUUAAAAUGCGUCGUGAAAGAAUUAUGGAAGAGGAAAAAGCUAAACAAAUAUUAUUACAACAGGAAAAAGAUAAUGCAAAUACGAAUCAAUCUUCAACGACUACAACUACAACGAUGACAGGUGAAAAUGGUGGUGAAAACAUGGCCACCAAUACCGGUGAUAAAGAUACAACGACUGGCGAAAAUAAUAGCACUGUAAUCAGUGAUAAUGAUGAAAGCAAUACAAAUGUCAGUGCUGCUACUUUAUCGAAUUCGGUUACCGCAACAACGACGACGACAAUCAAUUUACCACCAAUUGAAUUUGAUGAUGAUGUUAAUAUGACUAAUGAAGAAAUUGAUAAAAAAAUUGAACGAUUAAAUAAACAAUGUAAUCAGAUGAAUAAUAAAAUGCAUAAAGCAUUGAAUGCAUAUCGUGUGUUCCCAUUGGGUCAAGAUAGAUAUCGUCGUACGUAUUGGGUAUUACCAAAUUGUGGUGGUGUUUUUGUUGAAGGUAUGGAAUCCGGUGAACCAGAAGAAUUGCCCAAUAAUAUUUGGACUGAAGAAGAAAUUGAAAUGGAAAAUGCGCUGAAAAAUGCUAUUAAUGAUGAACCAAUGGAUCAAGAUUUAACCAUUAUUACAACCAAUGGUGAUGAUGGAGAAAUUAAUAAAUCGGAAUUAACUGAACAACAACAAUCUGUAAAUAAUGAUAACGAUAAUGUUGAUAAACAAACAGAUGAAAAAACGACAAAAAUUAAAGAAGAAAAUGAUGAUCCAGAUAUAUCAACCAAAAAUAAUGAUGAUGAUAAUGAGAAAAAACCAAUUGUUGAUGGUGAUGAACAAGUUAAUAAUGAUGAAAAAUCAAUGGAAAUUGAAACAAAAAUGGAAACAAAUGAUUCGAUCAAAAUUGAAUCGAAUGAUGAUGGAAUGGAUAAAACUAAUCAAACAAUGGUUGAAAAGAAAGAAGAACAACAAUCUGAAUCUGAACAAAUUGAUGAAAAUAAUCAAUCGACAGUAGCAGCAGCAGUGGAACAAUGUGAACAAAUAAAUGUUGAUGAUGUAAGAUGGUUUGAUUUAGAUUUAGAUUUUGAAUGUGAUGAAUCAAUUGAAAAAGUUAAGAAAGAAGAAGAUUUGGAAAAAGGUGAAAAUGAAGAUUGUGAAGAAGAAGCAAUUGUUACCGAAAUUCAAGAAGAACCAAUGUCCGAAAUGGAAAAAGCAUUAACAACAUUUUUAUCAAAAGAAACAUUAGAUUGUUUAUUUAAAGGAAAUGAAACAAAUAUUGAUUGUACAAUAUUAAAAGAUUGUUUAAUACGAAUAUUAUCAUCAUUUGCACGUAGUGCAUCAAUAACAAAAUUUCCAAAUAGUGAUGUUAUUGAAACAGAUAUAAUUGUUUGUCCAACAUUACAAAAACGAAUACAAUUAUGGAAAAUAUUACAAUAUGAAAAAGCAAAUAAAAUACCACGUGAAUAUCAAUUUGGUUGGUGGCGUAUAACCGACAGUGUACAAUUAAAAUCAAUGAUUGAAUUAUUACAUACGAAUGGUCAACGAGAAAAAAAUCUACAAAAAUAUCUGAUAAAACAUUUAAAUUAUGCAACACAAUCAUGUAGAAAUUCUACUGCAAAUCUGGAUGUUGGUGAUUAUGAUCGUGAUGCAUCGGAUUGGAGAGAAUUUGGUGCACCAACCGAAAAUCGUUGUCCACAUCGUUCAUGUUUAGGUAAAGAUUAUUGUCAUGAAGUUGCUUUUCGUAAAGAUCUACAAGUAUUGGAAUUGAUUGAAGCAUUUGAAGAGAAAAUUUUGUCAUGCAGUAUGCAAAUGCGUAAUUGGAAACCAACGAAUAAAUUUUCAAGUUCAGAUUUUAAAUCAAAAUUAAAUCAAACCAAAUCAUCUAAAUCGAGUAAAAAUGGUAAAAAUCGUAAAAAUCAACGUAAUAAUGAAAAUAGUGAUUGUAGUAAUGAUUCAAUUCAAUGUGAAAAUUCAGGUGGAUCAACAAUGAUUAUAUUCAGUACUGAUGAUAAUGGUGAUUAUGAUCUGUUAAGAGUACAGAAAGAAAAAUUAUUAGAAAUUGAAGCAACAAUUGAACGAAGAUAUCUUAAACCACCAUUAGGUUUUAAAAAUAAUCAAGCUGUACAAUUUCAAACGAACGAUAAUAGUAAUGGUGAUUGUGAUUAUAAUGAAUUUGCAAAUGAUGAUAAUGCUACGGCCGGUUUGAUACGUUGGCGUGAUGCAGCACGUGAAGCAAAAUGUUGUUCACAAAUUGCAAUGGGUUUACAUUUUCUUGAAAAUUGUAUUGCUUGGGAUAAAUCAAUAAUGAGAGCGAGUUGCCAAUUUUGUGGCUCGGGUGAAAAUGAAGCCCAGCUACUAUUGUGUGACUUAUGCGACAAGGGAUAUCAUAUGUAUUGUUUCAAGCCUAAAAUGGAAACUGUUCCUACAGGCGAUUGGUUUUGCUAUGACUGUCAAAAUAAAAAUACAAUCGAUAAAGUUUGCAUUGUUUGUGGUAAAAAAGGUAAACUACUUAAUUGUGAUACAUGUGCUAAAGUAUUUCAUCCAAAUUGUUUGGAUCCACCUGUUAACAAACAAAUCAAAGGCAGAUGGAUUUGUCAUUUAUGUAUGCGUAAAAAUAAACGAAAUUCUAAUACAAAAUCAUCAUCGUCAUCAUCGAAAAAAUCAUCAUCAAAAUCAGAAUCAACCGCAAAUAAUGAUGAUAAAAAUUAUGAUUCAAACAAUAAAGAUUCAAAUCAAAGAGAAUCAAAUAAUAAACGUAUGUCGAAUGGAAAUUCAUCAAAAGAUCGAUCGGAAAAAGAUACUUCGAGCCAUAAAAAAGAAAGAAAACCGAAGAAAAAACAAGAUAAAGAUAAGGAUAAGGAUGAAGAUCAUUCGGAAAAAGAAAAACUAGAAAAAAGUGAAAAGAUAAGCAAUAAAAAAUCUUUGGAAAAAGAAUCAAAUGUCAAUAAUAAUGAUAAUAAUGGUAACAGUAUGAUGGCUAUGGAUGAACAAAAUUUAUCCAACAGCAACAACAACAAUAAUAAUUCCACAACAACAAAAACAAUCCAUAAUGAUGAAAUUAUACUUUGUAAACAAAUUACUGAGGAAAUUAUACAACAUGAAACUAGUUGGCCAUUUCUUGAACCAGUUAAUACAAAACAUUUUCCAACAUAUCGUAAGAUUAUUAAAAAACCAAUGGAUUUUACUGUUAUUAAAAAUAAAUUACAAAAUAAUAGUUAUAAAACCAAAGAAGAUUAUGCUGCCGACAUACGAUUAAUGUUUGAUAAUUGUGUUACAUUCAAUGAAGAUGAAUCACCAGUUGGACAAGCUGGUCAUUUAUUACGUGCAUUUUUUGAAUCACGUUGGAAAGAAUUGUUUAAUACAAAUCCGAUCUAAUCAACAACAACAACAACAACCGCAACACAUUUACACUUACAAACAAAUACAUCCACUUAACAAUAUCAUUUUUCCAAAAAAACAAAACAAAGUAUUUAUUUCAUCAUUGAAAAUU